UUUAGUUUUGUUUGUGAUUAUCUACAGCUGUUUAAAAUUUAGUUCUGUGUGAGAUUAUCCACGGCUGUGGGAAUUUUUAGUUUUUGGGCGUGCUUGAGAUGGAGCAAGUGAAGGUAAUCACCACAUUGGUUAGUCACUUUGGCGUGCGCGUUUUGAUUGGUCUGGAAGAAAAAGGCGUGAAAUAUGAAUGCCAAGAAGAGGACCUGCUAACGAAGAAGAGCGACCUCCUCCUAGAAUUGAAUCCUGUGCACAAGAAAGUACCAGUCCUCAUCCACAAUGGCAAGCCUAUAUGCGAAUCUCUUGUAAUUCUUCAGUACAUUGACGAGACUUGGGAUUCCAAGAAGCUUUUACCCUCUGACCCAUAUGACCGUGCCCUUGCCCGCUUCUGGGCCGAUUUCGCAGAUAAGUUUUAUGACCCGGGAUCUCGUAUAGUGAAGUCAAAAGGUGAGGCUCAGGAGCAGGCCAAGCGUGACAUGUUGGAGAGACUUCAACUUUUAGAAGGUGCAUUGAGAGAGAUGUCGGCAGGGGGAACCCUACCAUUCUUCAGUGGAAAGGAUUUUGGGUUCUUAGAUAUUGCCUUCAUUCCCUAUGCUUCUCGGUUCCAUUCUUAUGAAAUUAUUGGGAAUUUCAAGAUACCGUUUGAGACUGAAUAUCCGUUGCUAAAUGCGUGGAUAAAGAGAUGUAUGGAGAGGGACAGUGUAAAGAAAGUCCUUCCCUCUCCUGAUCAGGUUUUGGAGUUUUCAUUACAAGUUAGAAGGAAUUUUUUGGUCAAUUGAAUUGUUUAUUCAGUUGUAAGCAUCAGCAUGUGGGUAUACGUUA